AUGGGCAUCUCUACCAAGAACAUUACGGUUUCUCCGCCCCUUGUCUGUCACCCGCUGGAAGGAAACUGGGCGCGUGCUGUUCAAAACAAGCCAGGGCGGAUCACGUGCACUGGAAAGCAAAAGCGGCAGCUCGCGCACCGAACACGGCAUUUGGCUUCAGGUGUGCUCAUGGUUGUACUGCGUCAUAUCUCCGUGGCGUUUAGCGCCGCUAUGGCUGCGGUUGGGACCGCGCUGUUUAUCGCACUCAAUCUUUUUUAUAAAAGACGAGUAUGGACACCAGAGUCAGACUACUACACGUUCCGAGAGGAGGAGGAGGAACGCAGUGAGAAGCAGGUGCUUGUUCUUGGGUUGGAUGGCGCUGGUAAGAGUAGCGUUCUGCAGGGGCUGAGCGGAGCGGGCUCCAGGAGGGGCUGCCGACCCACACGCGGCUUCUAUUUCAUCAGCCUACACACACCUGCAUGCCAGCUGGACUUCUUGGAAAUUGGAGGUGGUGAAGACUUGCGAAUGUACUGGGUGGAUUACCUAAGGAGAACACAUAUCUUGGUGUACGUGGUGGACUCCUCUGAUAGAGGCCGGCUCCCUCAGGCCAAAGACGAGCUCCAUCGAUUACUUAAAGCAGACACUGAUCUACCAGUGGUGGUCUUGGGAAACAAGCAGGAUAAGCCCGAUGCUGUUAGCGUCCCAGAGCUGCAUGAGGCUCUCUCACUGAGCUCAGUGGCUGAUCAGAGGAAGCUUUUCCUGCUGGCUUCUCAGUCAGGAUCUGAUGGAUUAAGCAGAACCUGUGGCCUCCAAAAGUUCCAAGACCUGCUUCUGACAUUGGUAUGAAACCAAGCUGCCAUUUGAAGGUUGGCACUACUGUGCCAGAAAGGACAGGCAAAGGGAUCUUGAGGGAUGAGGGAGCAUUCGAUGUAUUGGUUUCAUCCUUGAAUUGUGCGAGGAGUAAGGAGCACUUGCGUCAUGGCAAAGCUACUGUUGUGACACUGAAGGAGUUGAACAAACACUUUUUUUUUUCAAAAUGAGUACUGUGGGCAUUAUCGCUGCUAGUUACAACGUACAAUAUCUCACUUGUCAUUAAUAGGAUUAUUAUAUUCAGUAUUACAAAGAGCACAUUUCAUUAUGCUUUAUCUCUGCAUGUGGAGUCAACUUGGCGAAUCACAGAAAGAAACAGGAAAUUGUAUUUUGCUUGACAAUGAAUGUUCCUUAUCCAUAUUUCACAUAUAUCCUUCCUUUGAUCUAUCUAUCCAUAUAUAUAUAUAUAUAUAUAUAUAUAUAUAUGGGGCAUUCUACAGAAUUGGUCCAAAGUCAGUUGGAAACAUCUUGAAAAAAACUGUCUUUUUCCCAAAACAAUUAGUAUGUAUGC